AUGGGUGCAUUCAUCGCUAAGAUGCUGCUUCCGACAGUCAGCAGCCUGGUGUUCCUGCCUACAGCCAGCGUGGCCGCCAAGAGGGGCUUCCACAUGGAGGCCAUGGUCUACUUCUUCACCAUGUUCUUCACUGCGAUCUAUCAUGCAUGUGAUGGACCGGGUCUCUCUAUCCUGUGUUUCAUGAGGUAUGACGUUCUGGAGUACUUCAGUGUUUACGGCACGGCUCUCUCCAUGUGGGUCACACUGAUAGCUCUGGGCGACUUUGAUGAACCACAGCGCUCCAGUAUAACCAUGUUUGGUGUGUUGACCAUCGCAGUGAGGAUCUACCAGGAUCGCUGGGGCUAUGGGAUCUACUCUGGACCCAUCGGGUCGGCUGUCUUCAUCAUCACCGUCAAAUGGCUGCAGAAGAUGAAGCAGCUGAGGGCCGUGUAUCCAGAGAAGAAGGUGUACACGCAGCAGGUCGGUCCAGGCUGCUGCUUCGGCGCACUUGCUCUGAUGCUGCGUUUCUACUUUGAGGAGUGGGACUAUGCCUAUGUCCACAGCUUCUACCAUCUGUCUCUGGUUGUGUCCUUCAUCUUGCUGCUGCCAAAGAAGAACCGAUACGCAGGGACGGGACAAAAUGCUGCAAAGCUCAGCUGGUUCACUCUCUGCUGCUGUAGCAUGUCCCCUGGUACUUCUAAAGAGAAGACAGACAAGCCGAAGAAGAAGCUGUCUCGGACCGUGUGGACAGUCCCCACCGAGAAGCCGUGGACACGACGCUGCAGCACCCCCAUCCUGCCUCUUUUUAAUCCCCCACCCUCCACACCUGUCAAAGGGACCAGCAUCAGCAAGCUCAAAGAGAUGAACGGCUGGAAGUGAACCCAAAAACAUAACUGUCAGUCGGUCUAACGUAGGAGGACUUCAUCCUGAAGAACAGGCAGUGACAGUGGCCGGCUACGAGCAGGAAACGGGAAAAUCACCAAAUAACUGUCAGCCAAAUGCUGAUAAACUUGUAUGUGGCUGGUAAGUUAAUCUUCUUCAGCAGGAAACCAACCAUCAUGCGGACGUUCUCCUCUUCUCCAAAACAUCAUAUUUGGCUGGUAGAAUAUUUAAGGUCAGCAGCGACUUCAGGAAUUCUCCAGCCACUGACACUAGUAGGUUAAGAAGCAAAAGGAUCCUGAUGUGGUUAUGAAAAUUUCAGGACAAGAACAAAAGGCGAGUCAGGCCUCAGGUGCCCUCAAAGACCCGAUAAGAGCACAGCUGUCUGAAGCACUUGUCCAAAGCUGAGGACGCUACGAAAGAACACACACAGCACGGACAGGGAGACGGUGGCUGAGACAAGCCAGUAAAACUGACUGGAAAAUUUAUGAGAAGAACAAACAGGCAGAUGGUUUAUCUCUCCAAAAUAUAUAAAUUGUCUUUAGAAAUGUUCCUCAGGGGAGACGCUUCGUCUGCUCGCCUCUGUCUGUCCG